AUGCAUCAGAAUGUCGGGAAGAAACGAAACGCUUGUCGUUUUCGCCAUAACUGCUACGACAGAGGCAAAGAUUUCAUUUUUUCCAAACAGGCUGAUAGCUUAUGAUGACUAUUUUUGAUAUACUUUUAAUUUUCCUGUAGCAUCCAAAUGACACCUCAGCAGACAUCUCCCACAUUCAAUGUAUAUGUCUAAAGGAUCUUGACAAGACCUCUUUCUUAGUUCACUGUCCAUUUGAGACUGAUAUCUCAUCCUUGAACCAGAUUUUCAAUCAGAUCGAGGAAGCCAACCAUACCGUAACAUCGGUAGGAGUAAUCCCUAAUCUUAAAUUUUAUUCUUAGAUAGUAAUCAGUACUCUGAUCCAAUCAAAUGAUACCUCUUUGACUAUUUGGGAGGCGAUUACAACUGCAUCUACGCAAACUUUGGAAGAAAUCACCAUCAGACAUUGCAGUGCUGACAUUAAAGAUUCCAUUAUUUCCGACAAACCCGUUCACGAAUUAACGAGUGUAACUCAACUCAAAAUCGAAAACUGUCGGUUAGGACAGAUCCCAAAACUCUUUUUAACUGGACUUCCUAAUCUGGAAUACCUUUCAUUAAAGGAUAACAACAUUCAACGACUGAAUAAGGAAGAAUUCAGUGGUCUGAAUAAAGUAAUACUUUAAUUUUAAGCUUGAUUGCCUUUAGCUGAAUACCUUAGAUUUGAGCGAGAAUGUAAUUCAUGCGGCAGAAGAAUCAUCCCUCUCGACUUUACCAAACUUGGAGACUUUGUAUAUCGGCGAUCAUAACAACCUAACCGCUGGCCUUAAGGAUGAGAUUGUCAACAUAACUUCAUUAAAAGUAAGUUCCUCUAUUUUUCUUUACUUUUAUCAGCAAGUCAGCUUUGCCAAAGCGGAUGAAAUCUACAGCUUGGCCGAUUUCAAAUUCUCUUCUGACAAUAAAAUCGAAAGAAUCGACCUUUCUGGAUGUGGGGUGACUAAUAUAACAAACGGCGAUUUCCAAAACCUAACUACUCUGGAAUACGUAAGGCAUCCCAAAUUAUUAGAUAACCGCCUUUCAGGUAGAUUUGAGUGUAAACCUCAUCGAAAAAUUGGGACCUCGAGCAUUUGAGUCAGCCUCCAAUCUACAGUACAUCUCUUUGGCUGGAAAUUUCUUAAACGAAACCAAUUUAGAAGAAGAUUCAUGGAUCGGAUUAGAUAAAUUAGUUCAUCUAGAUCUUGGCUACAACGAAUUCACUACUUUCAACAAUAACUUCCACAAUCUAAAACAUCUCAAGUCGCUGAAUUUGAGAUCGAAUAACCGAUUAUUCAGCCUAGAUAAAGACUCAUUCAAUGGAUUAUCAGGGCUUGAAACACUAAAUCUGACUGGGUCUUCGGUUAAAUACAUCGACAACAAUGCGUUCAAAGGAAUGGAUAACAUACAGGUAAGCCCACUGCGAAUAACCUUACUCUUUAGACGUUGGAUCUCUCGUCCAACAAGAUCAGUCAGCUCAACACGCCAUUCGAAGUGAUUGGACGAAGUCUAAACAACCUCAACUUAUCUUCGAAUCACCUCACAAAUAUAAAUGCAACUACUCUCAAUGGGUUGAAGAAUUUGACCGUCUUGGAUAUCUCUCAGAACCCUUUGAAAUGCAAUUUGAAGAUACUUGAUCGUAAGGAGCAACUGAUUUCUAUUGAUGAAAAUUUCUAGUUCAAUUAUGGAUAACCAACGAAUACAAAAGAGCGACUACAGAAGGCCGUCCUUUCUAUCUAGCUAAGCCCGAACUUGUAAUAUGCGACGAACCAGAGCAUUUAAAAGGGAGGGAAUUAAUGGAAGUAACCGCAGACAUGAUCAACAACAUCCCUACUACAACUAUUGCACUGCCAACAACACCCGACGAUGGAGAAACGACAACUCUCACGUUUGACCUGAGUAAAGUAAGUGGAACUAUGCAAUCUCAUAUAAUUAUAAUUAGUGGUCCGCGAAUAUUGGAGAGGCAAAUGGGACUCUUCUCAAAGACGAGAGCUCUGACGCCGACAAGCCAAAAUAUGAUAUAAACUCAAUCCGAUAUGGGCAAAGACAACCCAAAACGCAGACUCCGACCACCUGGGUGACCGUUUGCACAGUUGUGUUUCUCGUAAUGGUAACUAUUGUCGGAGUGAUAUACGUAGUCAGAAGAAAGGUAAGACGAAUAUCCGUUUCAAAAGUAACCUGGCUUUAGAAAACGAAUCUAGUCCACAAUGAGAAUUCGAUAAGUCAAGGCAUUUCUUCCUCAUUAUAA